AUGAGUUCCUUGAACUCAGAGCCAGCCCAAGAAGAUGGCAGCCAUGCAACUGCCGCGUCCCUGCCUCUCCUCCAAGGAUGCAGCAAGGAGCAAGAUCGCAACACAACGUGGACCUUGUCGGGCGCGACAAUGCAGGCCUAUGUUGCCAUGAGAGGUCCAGGCAUUGACAUGGAUGAUCCUCUGAUCGCAUGGAUUUCCAGCGAGGAAGGUGGUAAGAAGGCCGAGGGGCAGCCGACUAUGCUCGGUGACAUCCACGACUCAGUCAAGGAGCAGGUCGAGUGGAAUUCCCGUGGCCCAUCCAAGUACGAGGACCAAGAGAGGCAGCGCAAGACAAUUUUCACAUUUGACCGUUCCAGAACGGAGCACCUUGGGCCUGGAAGUCUAGAGCUGCCAGGGAGCCUUGACGUCGGCAAGCUGGACGACAUUUGUCAAGGCAGCGACUACACUGCAGAUGGAUGGAGGAAGUACGCGGCCAGUGAUGUCUCUGACGACGGCGAGGGCGAUCCUGCAAAUGGUCGGAUUUCUCCCUGUACUUUCGCGCGAUGGUCUCAUGGCGCGAAGCGAUGGGAUGCGCCUGACGACAAGUUCAAGUCGGCUUGGGAGGAGCGUAGGACUUACAUGAUCCCUAAUGAUCGCCAGCGGCCUUGUUCGCCCAACACAGCCCUACCGCGGCAGACAAAGCGCUACAAUACGCAGAGCCUGUAUGAUAUGGAUGACGGUAAUGAGUUGAGUCCAGCGUGCAGUUCUUUCGCAAGAUCUGAGCCUUCGAUUCUGUGGUCGCCGCCUCCUCUGGACCCUCCCCUCCCCUACACUUACUACAACCAUAUGUUCGACCGCAUGGAUCCCGAGCUGAUGCGCAAAGUCCGCAUGAACAACGCCUCCCCCGAACCUUCCUGGGGCGUGAAGUCAGCAUCGGAGCCCGAGCACUACACCCCCUCCGAGGUCGACGCCGCGACCGAGAAGUACUGGGGUCUCGCGCUCACACAGGAGGUCAUCGCCAACAAGCACAUGGAGGUCGCCCACCUGAUCCAAUCCGAGGAGCAGGCCAACGCGGAGGUCGAGAGGCUCCGCCACGCGGCCAAGCGCUUCAAGCACGAGAACCGCAAGCUAGCCGAUUGCUUCGAAGAGCGCCGCAGCACGCGCGAUCGGCGGAUCAUGAAGCAGGUGCAGCGCCACAUCAGAGAGCUCAGCUACAUCGCCAAGGCAAAGUUCGCGGAGUGCAAGGCCCGCGUGCGCGAGCGCGAUGCGCUGCAGCGCGAGCUCGACUCCCACCAGGACGUGCAGCGGAAGUUGCUUGCCAUCUUUGGCAAGGAGACGCCCGAUGAGGUGUUUGCGAUGUACCCCGACAUAUGGGAGCCGGAGGAGAUCAGGAAGAACCGCAGGAACUACUCGUGA